ACCACCAUGCUCAUUACUUCAUAUCUCAAGAAGGGUAAACCAAGAGAUGCCUUGAGAGUGUAGAAGCGCAUAAUGAGACCUAGGACUUCUUCUGCGGUGGAGAAAUGAGGACAUGCUUGAGAUAUUAGGGCAUAAUAUUGAAGAUGUGGAUUGUUUUUGGUUAAAGCCAGGUUUGAAACUUAUUGAUGGUCUUAUCAAAAUGAUCGAUGAUAAAACAGUAAUGGAUAUGGUUGCACACUUACCUUCUAAUCGUUAUGUACAUGUUUAUGUGGAGGUGAAGUCAAAUCAUGAUUGGGAUAGAAAUGAAGAGAACAAUGUUGACAAUGCUAGUGAUGAUGUUAACAAUAAAAAUAGUGACAAUAGUGAUAAUGAAGAUCCAGAUUAUGAAGAAUCUAGAUUUGAGGAGAGUGAUAAUGAAUUGGAGGAUUAUGAAGACUUUUUUGAAGAUGAGGUGGAUCUAGGGCUUGAUGGUGGUGCUACAAUUUUGAUUGGAGGUUAUCCUACUAGUAAUAUUCUAGAAAAUGAAGGACCUAAUAGUGAUAACUCACAUGAACUACAUAGCCCGUACGAGUCUGACAAUGAUGGCACUUCUAAGAGAAGGUAUCCAGAGUUCAAUGAGAGUGUUGACAUGGAGAAACCAAAGUUGGUUGUAGGAAUGCUAUUCAAAGAUAGGGAAUUAUUGAAACAAGCUAUUAAACAAGAAGCAAGGAUGAAUAGGGUGGAAGUUAAGUUUGAAAAGAAUGAUAAGAAAAGGGUUAAGGCGGUUUGUAAGGAAGAGAAUUGUCCUUGGGAAAUGUGGGCAUCCCCCGCUGAUUGUAAGGUAGAACAAGACACAACUUGGCAAAUCAAGACUUUGAAAUAUGAGCAUAAUUGUGGGAAAAAGACCGAGAAUAAAAGCUUCUCUGCAAAAUGGCUGGCAGAACAUUAUUUGGACAAUUUUAAAGCUGAUCCAAACUGGGCACCAUGUGCACUACAAGCUCAAGUUAGAAAGGACUUUUUCACCAUAGUUAAUCACCAAAAAUGCUCUAGAGCUAAGGAAAUAGCAAAGUCAAUAAUUAAUGGAAAUUUCAUUCAACAAUUUGAAUACAUUUAUGACUAUAUAGAUGAAGUGAAACGUUGGAAUCAGGGCAGCACCAUGAUUUGUCAUAGAGAUGCAUCACUUUUUCAAAGGAUGUAUGUUUGCCUUGGACCAAUCAAGCAAGGCUUUAAAGCCGGUUGUAGACCUUUCAUUUGCCUUGAUGGGUGUUUUUUAAAGGGCAUGUUUGGGGGACAGCUUUUGUGUGCGGUUGCAAUUGAUCCUAAUGAUUGUAUGUACCCUUUGGCAUUUGCAGUAGUUGAAUCUGAGUGGAAAGAUUCAUGGAGUUGGUUUUUAGACCAAUUAAUGGAUGACUUUGAUAUUGUAAAUACACAUGGAUGGGGCUUUAUGUCAGACAAACAGAAGGGACUUGUACCAGCUCUUGCAGAGAAGUUUCCAAACUCAGAACAUAGGUUUUGUGUAAGGCAUCUCUACAACAAUUUCAAAACAAAUCACAAGGGUACAACUUUGAAGGAACUUUUAUGGAAAGCUGCAAGGUCCACAUAUGAGCAAGAGUUCAAGCAAGCAAUGUUUGAAAUGAGAUGUCGGUCACCAGAGGCAGCUGAUUGGUUAGCAGAAAGGCAUCCCAAACAUUGGUCAAGGGCUUAUUUCCAGACAUGGACCAACAUUGACAUGUUGGUCAACAACUUGAGUGAGUCCUUUAAUAGUUUUAUUUUGGAUGCAAGGGACAAACCUAUACUAACUCUAAUUGAAACAAUUCGAACCAAAUUGAUGAAGAGAAUAGCAAAGAGAAUAGAUGAGGCAAAGAAAUGGCCUGGACCUUUUUGCCCUAAAAUAAUGAAAAAAAUUGAAAAGUUGAAGGAACAUUCAGCCAAGUGUUUUCCAGAACCAGCUGGUGCAUCCAAGUUUCAAGUUGAGUGUCAUAGAAAUCAAUAUAUUGUGGAACUUCGAAGGAGGACAUGUACUUGUAGAAAAUGGGACCUUAGUGGCAUCCCUUGUAUGCAUGCAGUGGCUGCCAUCUUAUAUAAUAAUGAAAAUGUUUACGAUCAUGUUCACCCCUGCUAUAAAGUUGAAACCUUCAUCAACAUCUACAGCAACUUCAUAACUCCCAUUAGAGGUGCUCCCCAGUGGGAAAAAAGUGAUAUGCCACCUGUACAACCACCAAUUAUAAGAAGAGCAGCUGGAAGGCCAAAGAAAGCAAGGAGAAAAGCUGCAGAUGAAAUGGAAAAGCAAUCUGGAAAAAUGGGAAGGAAAGGGGUUAAAAUGAGAUGUACUUUAUGUGGCAACAUUGGCCAUAACAAGAGGAGUUGUAGACCUCAACCCAAGGACCAAAGGAAUCUCAAUGUUGGAUAUGAGCAACCUAAGAGGGGCAAGUUACCAGUUAAGAAGGCAGCUGCCAUCAAUGAAGCACUGGUUCCUAACUUAAGUGAUCAGAACAAUUCUCAGAGUCAAGUGACCACUAGAUGGUUUGCCAACGGGUCUAGUCAAAUAGUGUACAUGUCACCAAAUGCUGCUCCUGUCAUUGUUAAUCAUCCACCAACUCAAGCUUAUGCAACUUCAUUUGAAGCUCCUUCAAAUUUAUUUCAUUCUUAUGCUUCAUGCCAACCUUCAGCUGAUGCUUCAUCUCAAGCAAUGUCAACAAUAUCACAAGUAGAACCAAAGAAAAGAAAAUACAAAUAAGUGAAUUUCGUUAAGCUUUUCUUUUCUUUUCUUUUUUUUCUCUCUCUCUUUUUGGAUUUGGAUGGAUUCCUAGAGGUACAAACUUUAGAAUUUAAAUACUUAUUCAAGAAAUUUUAUAAUUUUUU